AUGAAUAAGGAAGUGUGUAAAAGGUUCAAGAAUGUAUGGGAGGAUUUUCUCGAUAAAUUAGACGAAAAUAAAAAGUAUCAAUUUAAUGAUGGUAAUUUUUUCAAAGAGUAUUGUAAUAAUAAUUGUUCUAGUUAUAUCAAUAAAAUGAAUGCUGGAAUUUUAUAUUUGCUUGAUGGAUUCUUUAAGGAUUCUGGUUCGUUUGAGUCUGUUGCAAAAAAUAACAUAAAUAUUGUUGAAUACAUUAUCAUAUGGUUAAGUUAUAUGUUAAAUCUAAAGGAUAUCCCAGGAAUAACGUAUAUAAAUGAAUUUUAUGAUGAUUUUAUAAAUGAUAAUAAGUAUAAAAAUUCUAUAGAUGAUGUUGAUGCUUAUAAUAGUUAUGAUGAUCUUAUAAAUAAAAAAAAAUUAAUGAAAAUGAAAAUUAAAGAUAUAUCUAAAUUUUAUGAUCCAUUUAAAUUAUUAUGUGAAAUGUAUGCUGAAUUUGAUGAAAAUAAGGAAGAUUGCUCAAAAUAUUUAGACAAAGCUAAUCAAUUUGUUGAAAAAUAUAAAAAACUUAAUGAAGGUUCUAAUAAUACUGAUGACAGUUCAUAUAAACAAAUAUUCUGUACUUUAUCAACAGAUUAUGAUAAUUUAAAAAAGAAAUUUAAUGAUGUUAAUUGUUCCAAUUCUUCGUCAUUUCCAACGAUAGAAAAAGAAAAAAUUCCUGCAAAAUGUUCUGAACAAAUUUCUGAAGUUGCAUCAUCAAGUUCGUCGAUAGCAAGCAAAUUAAUUCCGGUUUUAUCGAUAUUUGGUGCAAUAGCAAUUUUAUUGGGAGUUUCUUAUAGGUAUUCGUUAUUUGGAUUUCGGAAACGAACCCAAAAACACCAUUUAAGAGAAAAGCUAAAAAAAUAA